AUGAGCAAGGAGAUAGAGAACUUGAUACUUGAAAAUACCGAACUGCUGGCCACAAAGAAUGCAUUAAAUGUAGUGAAAGAUGACCUCAUUGCUAGGCUUGAUGACACUCUGAGUGAACACGAGUUGCUUAAAGAAGAGUUGAAAGCCACGCAAAAUUUGAGGGAGAAGUUGCGAGAACAGGUGCUUGAGUUGGAGAUGGAGUUGAAGAACUACAGAGAAGCGCUAGAGGCGGAAAGGAGGAAGAGUUCUCCAGAAGAUGGGCGACAAGAUGAACUGUCGAUGGCUCAAAGGAAGAGAUUCACUCGUGUGGAAAUGGCUCGAGUUUUGAUGGAACGAAACCAGUACAAGGAGAGGUUGAUGGAGUUGCAGGAAGCAGUCAGGUGGACUGAAAUGAUCAGAGCUUCAAGAGAGCACCCAGAUCUUCUUCCCGGGGGACACCAUUCAAAGAAGCGAUCCUCUUCCAUCUGGAACUGUUUCGAAAGGUUGUUCACGAGACGAAACGAACCCCCCAGAAGAGUUUCCUCCCUUGCUUCCGUUCGCUACAACGCUCCCACCAGUCCUAGGCGAGAAAACCUCAGGUUGGCCGAGAGACGUCGAAGAAACGAAGACAGCCAGCCUUCUUCCCGCAACAGCGACAAACAACAAUUGAACCCGAUAAAAAAUGACGAUGGUAGAAUUCAGGCGUAUGGUUGGAGCCUGCCGUCUUCAUCAUCAUCUCCAUCUCUGCCUCUCCACAACAAACAGCUCUCCAAGACGUCAGGUUCUUCAACAAUGGAUGAAAACAUCAACGCUGCUGCAGAUAGUAAUGACGUUCGCAAGUCGAGAUCAUCGUCAGCGUCUCGAGAAGUGAGUCGAGGUGGGAGAAAUCUCUUGCCGGUCCCUGUGCCCGUCUACUGCCAGCCACUGCACGCUGCCACACCUUCUAACAAGAUUUGGUGUGCUGCGACUUGCACCCCAUCCUCCUCCUCCAACGAAGUGUGGAUAUGUUCCAGUGGAUCCGACCUCAAGGGCAAGGUCACCAUCGUCCAACCUUCCAGUCCGGAAAAACCCAUUAAUCAGUUUCAAGUUUCAAAUGAUUACCUCCUAUGCAUUGAUUGGGUGCCUGUAUUUGAGCUUGAUUCAAUGUUGUCUCGAAGCCCUCUCAUCAUCCAUCAGUUAGAAGAUAUUGAAGGGAAUCAAAAAGUGUACGUGCAUCAAACCGAUGCUGAUACUAAGGACUGCGUGCAUUCCUUCAAACUGAAAGCUUCCGUGUUUGCCCUGUGCCACACAAGAAGCAGAGUUUUCCUCUCAUUGGCCAAUGGAACUGUUGCUGUUUUUUGCAGAUCCCAAGAUGGACCCGACCAUCCGUGGCGCCUCUCCAGCCAUUACGUCAUGAAGUUCGGAUGGAGCAGCAGACACAGGCAUUCCGUCAGGUGCAUGUGCGUCGUUCAACAGAAGCUACUCUGGGUCGGCUACCGAAACAAGAUCUUCAUCAUCAAUGUCGAUAGCCUGGCUAUCGAGAAAGUCUUCAACGCCCACCCCCGACCAGAAAGUCAGGUCCGACAGCUUGCCUACUCUAUGGACGGAGUCUGGGUCUCUUUUAGACUGGAUUCAACUCUUAGGCACAGGCAAGUUGGGCUUCUCUUUCAUUCGCAUCACAUGUCUGAUGGCUUCUUGCCAUCGACUCUGGGUUGGUACAGCAGCAACAGCAACAACAUCAUCAGCAAAUUCAACAUGCCAUAUUGUUCCAUGGCUCAGGCACAACUCAGUUUCCAUGGUUACAAGGAAGCUGUCAAGUUCUUUGUAACUGUACCAGCUAGCGUAAAAACAAGUGAAAAGAACGACGACAAUAAAAAUAUUACCACCAAAGAUGAAGGAGAUGAUGUGAAUGGUGGAAACAGGAGGAAACCCAUUAACAAGAAUGGAAAUUUGGCUGAUGACGAUGGUGAUGAAGUUAGCUGUGAAAAGAAAAAUGAUGCCACCGAUGAAGCAUCAAGUAAGGAUGGUGGUGAGAACGUGUCCACAGUCACAAAACAAUCAUCUACGACAUCCUCACCGAAGAUUCCAACCCCCUCUUCGUCAUCACAUUCAAAACAACCGGCAACGUCCAAACCAUCCUCCCCAUCAAAAGAAUCAUCAUCAUCUUUAUCAUCCUUAAUGUUGGUCAUGUCUGGGGGUGAAGGUUACGUCGAUUUCAGGAUUGGGCAAGUUGCCUUUCCAAGUUCAGGUGACCCUGAUGACGAUCAAGAUGUUAAAAACAAAAUGGACCUUUCUAGGAGAAACGGAAAUUCCAGGAAGUCUAAAAAUAACCUCAGUCAUUUAAUAGUUUGGCAGGUGGCAACAAACAAAAUGUAA